CCAGCUCUGGGUUAGUUUGUUUGUUUUGCGUGGAGGGGGUGGGGUGGAAGUCCGAGCGGAAGCCGUCGCUCCACUUUUUUCUCCUGCACCAUUUGUUUUUCGUCUGUCUCUUGUCGCUGCCCGUCGGCUCCAGCUGUUUUUUUCUUCACGGCCGCUGUCAGGAACGAGACGCUGCACUCGCCGACCUCCCAAAUAUCGCGAGAGAGGGUGCAGAGCGAGAAGAAGAAGGGGUCCAGGCGAGACAUUAGCAAAAUAUUCAUAUUUAGCAACAACAACAACAACCUUUACGAAAAGGACUGUUCCGUUAUGUAGACCGCAAGAAUGACGAAAUGUGCGGCAGCUUCACCCAAAGACGCGGAUGAACACGCUGGACUGUGAUACACAGGAUGUGGCCAAACUUCUCUGGAUUUAUGUCGGAUGGUGAGACGAGGCUGACGCUGCGAAUCCCACUCAUUUCCCCUCUUCAGUCCUGUCACUCACUGGCCGUCUGAGCCCCUUAUUCUCGUGCGGAAAAGAUAAAGGUCAUGGUUACACAAAAUAAUGUAGCAAAAAGCUCAUCCUUUGUGACAUUUGACCUCUUUUAAACCCGCCGCGUCGUCCUCUUAACUCUUUCUUUUAGAUGGGGCUGAAAACAGCACUUAAGUUCGCACUCAUUUGUAAAUUAGGAGACCAAUGUGCCGUGUUUGCGCCCACUCAUUCACCCCAGCUGUGCAAUCACUUCAAGUUUGUGUUGUAUGUCUGAAGUGAUUUGACAAGAUCAUCAACUCGGCCAGAGCUCCUGAUCUUUCAGGAGGAUGAACGGCUCUCUUUUAACGCCGCCCAGCCCGCGGGCUGCCAACUCCUCUCCUUUACCUCCCUCACCCUCCCCGUCCCCAUCCCCGCCGUCCCCGUCUUUGCUGCCCUUGUCCCCCCGGCCUCCCCCUCUCCCGCCGCUGGUGAGCCCCCCGCCCCAGGCUCACCCGUCCUCGCUGUCCGACACCCCGACGCCAUCCCCCUCGCCUUGCCUGAGUUGGACCGAGUUCUGUGAGCUCCACGCUCGCGUCGCCGCUGGGGACUUCGCACGCCACUUUCGGGCUUUUCUCCUGGAAAACCCUCACUACUCCACCGACUCGGCGGCAGCCUUCUGCCGGCGCUUCACCGACCGCUUCGUCCGACACUUCCAGAGCGAGCUGGAGGGGGUGCUCCCGCCGAGCUGCGCGUCUGGGAGGGAUGAAAUGGUGAGCUGGGCUCCCCAGUCCGAUGCGACUUCCCUGGAAGAGGAAGCGGUCUCUCCUCUGUCGGCAACCGGGGGGGCGGUCCUGCCGUGCCCUCCGACUAACGCGGCGCGCGCGGCGUCCAAGCCCGCGCCGACGCGGCUGGUGUUGGAGAGCCGCAGCGGGGACAGGUUUCAAGAUUCCUACGCCCACGGGCAAGUCCUGCCCCCGUCUUCGUCGUCGUCGUGCUGCUCCUCGGUCGGAGGCAACAACGGGAGGCGCGAGGAGAGGGGGCCCAUGAUGGCCCCCGGAAACGGGGAGGCUCCCGUCGAGGAGGAGGAGGACUGCUGGCUCGGGGUGGCGUCCGUCGGCGAAGACGUCGAGCCGGAAGAGCGGGAGGCGGAGUCCUCGGAGGUGGACAACGCGGACCCCUCGCACACUCCCCAGAUCCCGCCUUCCUCUCUCACUCCUCCACCCGGCUCCAAAGGCAGCAGCACGCCCAACUCCUCCAAAAACAAACUGAAGAAGCGCUUCUCGCUGCGGAGCGUCGGCCGCAGCGUCCGGGGGAGCGUCCGCGGCAUCCUGCACUGGCGGAGCUCCUCCAGCGACUCCGCCCAGAGCCAGCUGCCCUCCAGCUACAGCUACACCAUGGGCGUCCAGGAUGCCAGCCUGAUUUCGGCCUCCAAGAGGAACUCUGGCACCCAGCCCCCCACGCCCACCUCCUCCAUGCCCGUCUCCCUGUCCAUGCCCCUGUCCCUGCCUCACUCCUCCUCCUCCUCCCUGCCGCCGUCGUCUUCAAGCAGCGCCACCUCGCUGUCUCUGUCGGAGGCCGCCCGGGAUCGGCGGCGAAGCAACGGCGAGGGAGGCGAGAAGGAGAAGUGGAGCCACCGCUUGGAGAAACUCAGACUGUCCCGGUCCCCUCCCCCCGUCCUCACCCCGAACGCCUCCGGCUCCCAGUCCGCCUCCUCCAUGCUGCCGCCGAGCAGCGCCGCCGCCAUGGGCCCCCCGCGGAAGGUGGGCCGGCUGGUGCGGGAGGGCGGGGUGAGCGUCAGCUCGUCCAACGACGAGUUGAGCGGGAGCCACAGCUUCUCCGGCUUCUCGUUCGGUCUGCUGCAUCACGGCACGGACAACAACAACGCUGCCUCAGCUUCGUCCGCCGCAGCUCAGGCCGGUUCGGUGCAGCCUCUGGCCAGCGGAGGGAACGUGCCCUGGAGGGGAGGACGCUGGCAUAAAUGUCGCCUGGUCCUUAAGGAGAGGGACAGAGAAGGAGGAGAGCGGGGAGAGGAGUACUACUUGGAAUUCUUCAUUCCACCCAAAUCGUCAAAGCCUCGGCUGACUGUCCCCUGCUGCUCGAUCGUGGAUGUGAGAAGCACCACAGCGCUGGAGGUCCCCGACAAGGAAAACACCUUUCUGCUGCAGCUGGACGGCGCGGCGCAGUACGUGAUAGAAACGCGAGACGCUGUUCAGAUGAGGGCUUGGCUGAGCGACAUCAGGAACGGCAUCUGUCUCAGUGAACAGGAAGACGCUGAGGGCGUGUGUAUGGGGCCUUUAGACAUCAGCGGGACACCUGAGAUUGGUGACCGUCUUUCACAAGUGUGUUACGGAGGAAUCGGAGGCUCCUCACCCCUGAUGGAUCCCCUCCCUCCGGAGCUGCCACCCCGAGCCCCCCUCGACGAACCCGACGGCCGAAUACUCGGAGGAGGCGGGGCCAGCCUGGGCACGCCGUUCGCUGAGACGCCAGACGCCACAGGGUCCUUCCUCUUCUCCGAUGUGCCGACGACCGAGACGGUCGAGCACCCGCUCAGCGAGUGUCAGUGGUUCCACGGCACCCUGUCGCGUCUCAAAGCUGCCCAGCUGGUGCUGGCUGGAGGGCCGGCGAGCCACGGCGUCUUUCUGGUCCGGCAGAGCGAGACACGGCGCGGAGAAUAUGUCCUCACCUUUAACUUCCAGGGCAAGGCCAAGCAUCUCCGCUUGUCCCUGAACGAGGACGGCCAGUGUCGAGUGCAGCACCUCUGGUUCCAGUCCAUCUUCGACAUGCUGGAGCACUUCCGGGUGCAUCCCAUUCCCCUGGAGUCCGGAGGCGCCUCCGAUGUCACGCUCAUCAGCUUCGUGGGGGCCACCGCGGUUCGCCAGCCAGGCCGGGACAGGGCAGGCAGUCGGCCUACAGUCUGUGAUGUCAUCACCACGCGCCAUCCUGACUCUCCAUCAACCCCCAUCUCUGACUGUGUACUUGACCAGCAGACCCCGUAGCCCGCCUCAGCCUCCUCCCCUGCCGCCGGGGCGACCGCCGCCGCCUACUCCGCCCCAGGAGAGGGGAAACGAGACGGAGCCGGGGGGAGGAGGAGGAGGAGGAGGAGGAGGAGGAGCAACAGCA